ACGUCGCGCUGCGUUUAUGACAUCCCUACCCCCCUCUCGUAUGUCGACUACAUGGACCCCGAACGAGCGCGACUUCGGGCUCGACAGCACUUGGAUGAGAACAAAUAUCAUAUCGCUGGGCCAAUGCCACCCUCGGUCUUCAUGGACAAGUUCUUUCCUCCAAGAAAAUCUGCUGAACCCAGCAAGGUGCAAAGACUUGCCAGUCGAGGCGCGUUCAACGCGGUUCCAUCCCAAGCCGAUACAAGCGCGGAGAUAUUUGAUCCUUUGGUUGUCGCCCUUAAUAAGAGCACCAAGUUCAAAUCACGAUGUCCCGGAUUUGUCUUUGACGUCGCUGCCACGAGAACCGUUCGCCAGGACAGGCGCGGAUUUAUGAAGCCUCACGUUUGCUGCUACACCCAAUCCAACCUGGAGGCUGUUAGAUCCGCAGAUGUAUCGUCGCGCAUCGACCUUGGGUACGCCGAAUUCUUCAUCCACGUUUCCCCGGACCCCUCGCGCGAUUUCUUCAACGACCCCCCAUCGGACCUCGCCGAUCGUUCCACGCACGAGUUCCUAUCACGCUCCUCCAGCCCAUACCGGCAAAAGUACAUCGACGAACUUUUUGGCCAGCACAUGUCCUACGUCGGCGAGGUUUUUGCUCGUCAACCCCGCAUAUUCGUGUUCUCGGUCGCACUUCACGGCUCCCGAUCACGACUGCUCUUCUGGGAUCGCGCGGGCUGCGUCGUCUCCGAAUCGUUCGACAUACGGAAAGAUCCCGACAUCCUCUGCGAGUUCCUCUGGCGAUUCUCCGACAAAGGAGACUUGGGGCGCGGCCACGACGUCACGGUCCAACCUGCGCUGUCGGCGGAAGAGGAGUUGUUCCGGGACGCUCUCCGCGAAUAUGCCGAGACUCAAGUUGGCGACGACGACGACCUGGAGGAAGAAAUUAACCGACACUAUGCUCCAGGCCAGAUUUACGCGGCACAGAUCCUCCACCGCGGCUUCAGCGCUUGUGACGAGAACACACGGAGAUACGUUUUCUCGAGACCGAUUGCCUGCUCGCACGAGCUGUCGCACACGGGGACGCGCGGCUACUGGGCCGUGGAUGUGACGACGAAGACGGUGGUAUUCCUCAAGGAUACGUGGCGGGAACCGGCAUUGGAGGCGGAGGGCGACAUCCUGCGGCGCUUGCAAAACCUCGGGGCACGCAACACACCGGUGCUGGUUUGGCAUGGGGACGUUGCUUGGGUGAUACACUACCCGAAAGUGCGGCGACCAAUAGACAGAGAGUUCCAGACGACAGUAGCCAACAACGAAACGUCUUCCUCGUGGCGAUGUCAAGUGGAUGGAAGUCGGUCUCACCUUCGCCAACGUCGACACUAUCGCCUGGUUUCUGGGACCGUUGGACGGCCAUUCAGCACCGUGCGUGGAACGAAGGAGUUACUUAACGCUGGACUUGACGUCUUGACCGCCAUGCGAGAUGCCCUGGAGAAAGAUUCACGCCUCCAUCGGGACAUCAGCCCCGGGAACAUCGUUCUAGUCAAAGAAGCGGACGCGGACGUACGAAAAGGAUAUCUCAUCGACUGGGAGCUUUCGUGUGGGCUGACUGACGAAGGCGACGCCGAGGUGACCGGACGGGUGGGGACGUGGCGAUUCAUGUCCGUUCGUCUCCUCAAUUGGAUAGCGCACAACGAGCGCAAGCACCGCUUCCAGGACGACAUGGAGUCUCUGCUCUGGGUGAUGUUGUACAGCGCGCUCAUGUGGCAGCCGCACAACUACUCGAACACCGUCCUUCGGGAGGUAAUCCGCAGCUUCUUCGAUUCGCGGAUGUGGCUGUCCUCAGAAAAACUCUGGUCCGGAGGUCAUUCCAAGGGGCAGCAAGCCCUCACCCGCGGGGCGCUCCCUCCUCUCAAGUUUGGUAGCGCAGCUUUUCAAGACUGGUUCGACUCGAUGACCUCGUAUCACUCCCCGCUCCCCACCGACUCGGAGGAGUUCCAGGACAAGUGGACCGAUGACGCCUUCAUCCACCAGUUCUGGACCGACUUCCUCGGCUCGCACAUCCUGGAAACGGCGAACCGCAACGAGCACAUGCCCGGAGACAGCAUGAGCGAAUCCGACCUGAGUUCGCGCGCUGCUCCGGACGAAAGCAAAAGCCCGCCUUUCCCGACCUCUGAUGCCGAAGCCCGCAAGCGGCAGGAUUCCUCGCUCGAGCCUGCUUCGGACACCGGGAGCUCGACGCCAGGCGCCUCGCCUACGGUCAGAAAACGGGCGCGUUCG